UUAUAAAAAUUACUUCUUAUACAGGACUUAAAGUGCCUUCUAAGAAAAAAUUAGUAUAGGAACUAUUAGGUCAAAAAGCAUCUCUGUGUUUAAGAUAUAGACUAUUUUUUAUAUAAAAUUAUGAUGAGAAACUUGGGGGUACACAAACAUAUAAUUCAUUUGUGGAAUUUAUGCAGUGAAAACUGAAAGGUAGGAAUAUCAAAUUACUGACUUGAAAAAAGUUUUGUGGCCAGGUUACUAUAUGUGGUAAUAUGCAUGUUACUUACGCAGAACUGUCUUAACAUAUUGAGGAGUCAGAUGGCAGUUUUCUCAGUACUAAUGUUUUCUUUUUCCGAAAUGUAGUGAGAAUCACAAGGCAGACUAAUAAAACAUUGAAAGUAUUAAUACAUUGCUAGGAUAUACUAUUUCAAAGUAUUCACCCUCACUCAGGAUAUGAUCUUUGACAGCUGGAAUAUUACAUUCUGUGUAACCUGGUUUAGUUUGUCUUCUACCUACCUCUUUACCCCCCCCACCCACCUCAGUGUUCUUUGGGUUAUCCAAACAUUUUAACUUAAGCUUAUUUAUUUAUGUAAGAGAUUCCCAUUAGACAUGACUCAAGACAUUGCCUGUUCUUUCAAUUUUGUCCUUGCAUGUGAAGGAGAAAGGACUUGCAACUAGAGUUUUACAGGGUUGAAAGUUGUUUGGAAUGCUGGGUUCUGAUUUUUCCCCCUGCUUCUAGCCACAAAAUUGUAUACCGGUCAUUUUUAGUCUGUAGCCAUACAUUAUGUAAGGAUGGAGUAGGCAUUCCUUCCAGACAUGAUGGUCCAUGGUUCCGGUCAAAUAGAAUGGGCUUGGUGAUGCUUUGUAACUCUUUAUGCUACUACAUAGGAUCUACAGCAGCACAAACAAGUAUAUUUAUUGUAGCUGGCAACUCUUUUGCAGCCUUGCCUUCCCUGUAUUAAUUUUGAGGACCUGAAAUUAAGUUGAUCUAUAAAUAGUUCUAAAAUUUACGAAGCAGGAUAAAAAGGUCUUUGCUUUAACAUUUCACUACUUGUUUGUUUCUAUAAAUACCGGUACUUUUUCAUAGCCAGAAGGCACACAAUCCAGUAGACUUGUCUAACCUCACAGAACUGUCUCCACACUUUUACCAAGCAGGACUACCAGAGGCUCUGGCACACUUGCAGUCCAUGGCCCGACACCGAAGUCCUGCUGGAAUCUGUGCUCCAAGGGCUGUGCCGGGUAGAGAGGGCAGUGGGAGAGGCUCGGGGUGGUCUGGGGGCCCCUCCGCUGCAGUCCGCCCGCUCCCUGCCGGGCCCUGCCCCCUGCCUCAAGCACUUCCCGCUCGACCUGCGCACGUCUAUGGAUGGCAAAUGCAAGGAGAUCGCCGAGGAGCUGUUCAGCCGCUCGCUGGCUGAGAGUGAGCUCCGCAGCGCCCCGUAUGAGUUCCCAGAGGAGAGCCCCAUCGAGCAGCUGGAGGAGCGGCGGCAGCGGCUGGAACGGCAGAUCAGCCAGGAUGUCAAGCUGGAGCCAGACAUCCUUCUUCGGGCCAAGCAGGAUUUCCUGAAGACCGACAGUGAAUCGGACCUCCAGCUCUACAAGGAGCAGAGUGAGGGGCAGGGGGACUGGGGCCUGCGGGAGCGGGAUGCGGUGCUGGAACGGGAGUUCCAGCGGGUCACCAUCUCGGGGGAGGAGAAGUGUGGGGUGCCAUUCACGGACCUGCUGGACGCCGCCAAGAGCGUGGUGCGGGCGCUGUUCAUCCGGGAGAAGUACACCGCCCUGUCCCUCCAGAGCUUCUGCCCCACCACACGCCGCUACCUGCAGCAGCUGGCCGAGAAGCCCCUGGAGAUGCGGGCCUACGAGCAGGGCCCUGACACCCCUGUGUCUGCCGAUGCCCCGGUCCACCCCCCUGCGCUGGAACAGCACCCGUAUGAGCACUGCGAGCCCAGUACCAUGCCCGGGGACCUGGGCUUGGGCCUGCGCAUGGUGCGGGGCGUGGUGCAUGUCUACGCCCGCCGAGAGCCCGACGAGCACUGUUCUGAGGUGGAGCUGCCCUACCCCGACCUGCAGGAAUUUGUGGCUGACGUCAACGUGCUGAUGGCCCUGAUCAUCAACGGUCCCAUCAAGUCAUUUUGCUACCGCCGGCUGCAGUACCUGAGCUCCAAGUUCCAGAUGCACGUGCUGCUCAACGAGAUGAAGGAGCUGGCGGCUCAGAAGAAGGUGCCCCACCGCGACUUCUACAACAUCCGGAAGGUGGACACGCAUAUCCACGCCUCGUCCUGCAUGAACCAGAAGCACCUGCUGCGCUUCAUCAAGCGGGCCAUGAAGCGGCACCUGGAGGAGAUCGUGCACGUGGAGCAGGGCCGAGAGCAGACGCUGCGCGAGGUCUUCGAGAGCAUGAACCUCACCGCCUACGACCUGAGCGUGGACACGCUGGAUGUGCACGCGGACAGAAACACCUUCCACCGCUUCGACAAGUUCAAUGCCAAGUACAACCCCAUCGGGGAGUCUGUCCUCCGAGAGAUCUUCAUCAAGACAGACAACAGGGUUUCCGGAAAGUACUUCGCUCACAUCAUCAAGGAGGUCAUGUCGGAUCUGGAGGAGAGCAAAUACCAGAACGCGGAGCUGCGGCUCUCCAUCUACGGGCGCUCGAGGGACGAGUGGGACAAGCUGGCACGCUGGGCCGUCACGCACCGGGUCCACUCCCCCAAUGUGCGCUGGCUCGUGCAGGUGCCCCGCCUCUUUGACGUGUACCGUACCAAGGGCCAGCUGGCCAACUUCCAGGAGAUGCUGGAGAACAUCUUCCUUCCCCUGUUUGAGGCCACCAUCCACCCCGCCAGCCAUCCGGAGCUACACCUCUUCCUGGAGCACGUGGAUGGGUUUGACAGUGUGGAUGAUGAGUCCAAGCCCGAGAACCAUGUCUUCAACCUGGACAGCCCCCUCCCUGAGGCCUGGGUGGAGGAGGACAACCCACCUUAUGCCUACUACCUGUACUACACCUUUGCCAACAUGGCCACCCUGAACCACCUGCGCAGGCAGAGAGGUUUCCACACAUUUGUGCUGAGGCCACACUGCGGGGAGGCCGGGCCCAUCCACCACCUGGUGUCAGCCUUCAUGCUGGCCGAGAACAUCUCCCACGGACUGCUUCUGCGCAAGGCCCCCGUGCUGCAGUACCUGUAUUACCUGGCCCAGAUCGGCAUUGCCAUGUCCCCACUCAGCAACAACAGCCUCUUCCUCAGCUACCACCGGAACCCGCUGCCCGAGUACCUGUCCCGUGGUCUCAUGGUCUCGCUGUCCACGGAUGACCCUUUGCAGUUCCACUUCACCAAGGAGCCGCUGAUGGAGGAGUACAGCAUCGCCACCCAGGUGUGGAAGCUCAGCUCCUGUGACAUGUGUGAACUGGCCCGCAACAGCGUGCUCAUGAGCGGCUUUUCCCACAAGGUCAAGAGCCACUGGCUAGGACCCAACUACACCAAGGAGGGCCCCGAGGGCAACGACAUCCGCCGCACCAACGUGCCCGACAUCCGCGUGGGCUACCGCCACGAGACUCUGUGCCAGGAGCUGGCGCUCAUCACGCAGGCCGUCCAGAGCGAGAUGCUCGAGACCAUCCCGGAGGAGUCGGGCCUCGUCACCAGCCCGGGGCCUCCGUGAGCCCGUGCGGUGCUGGCCCCCCUUCCGCAUUGCCCACACCUUGUUCUCGGGCCCCUCCCACCCUCCUGGGGCUUCUGCAUGUCUCCGUUGCUCUUGUCUUUGUUGCUGUCUCGCAUGUCUCCUGACCAUGUCCUGUCCCUGGGCCACCUCGGUGAAAACAAUGUCCAGGAAUGUGCUUCGCCCCUGCCUGGGCCCGGGUGGUGCCCGCCAGCCAGGGUGUAAGGGCGGGGCCCGACUGGUGGCUCUGCCCGGCAUCCUCAGCAGCCGGGCUGUCCUGUGCCCGUGGCUGUCUUCGGUGUCCACGGGGGCUGCCCUUCAGCCUCGGGAGCCCUGCCUGGUCAGAGCUGAGGCGUCAGUCCCCCAGCUUGUAGAUGUGCCUGAGGGGUAGGUUAGGGUCUGUGCCUCUCCGCUGGGGCCCCAGCCGCUCUGCACUGGGUGGACUUGGGCUUGAACUUGCCCAAGCCUCCAGAUGCCAGGCGAGGGGGUGGGCUCGGACCCGGGAGGCACCGGCCCGCCACCUGCCUGUGCCGCCCCUGCCCAGCAGCCUUCUCCAUGCCUCCCUGGCCCGUGCCCUGUGGCGUCCGCGCCUCUGGGAGGGGCAGUUUCCCUGUGCCGUCUGGGCUGCUGCAGCUGGAGGGGGCCGGAUUUUCUGGGGGUGGUCUCCCCUUUGGGGUCCCCAGAUCUCCGACCAGACCCCAGUCCCAGCUGGCUCCCUGUGUUGUGUUCUCCACUGAGGCCUUUGCUGUGAAAAGCAGUGUUUGAUAUGACCCCCCUUUCCUAGCGCAUGAGGAAUAAAGACUAUUUAAGUAAUGAG